CAAAUGCCUAUUCGCUGGUCAGCGAUUUCUUCGAUAACAUCAACUCGCUUUACUGAAAGCAAGAAUAAAGGCUUCCUUCCCACCACCGGCGGAAAUCCCCAGAUGCCGUAGAGAGAGAGAGAGAGAGAGUAUCGGCCACGCGGAUGAGUACUCAUUAUAUAGUUGCAGAGAGGAGAAGCGGGGUUGAGCUCUCCUGCAUUUGGGGUUCCGUCGAUCGGCUUACAUUUUCUCACAUUUGAUCUAGUGAGUAAUGGAGUACCAGUUGCUGUACUGCUUUGAAUUGGAGUAAUUUUGUAUUUGGCACCUGGCUGCUCUGCUUCUUCCCUGAAUCCGAAAGCAGCAGUAGAGGUUACGCCACGAGAAAACAGCCGUGAAAUAAUUAAGAACUCAGGCACUCUGCCGUCUCGUUGUACUUUAAUUCCAUUCUGAUCUCUCGUCGUUUGUGCAAGCGGCAUUUCUUGGAAGGGGAGAAGAUUUUUUAAUAGAAUCGGUGAUCGUGAAGGGAAGAGAGAGAGGGAGAGAUGCUGUGUUUGAAAGCGGAGGCACUGUGGGGCGAGAUGUAUGUCUCACACGGAGCGAUUCUCCCCGUGAAUCUGGGAAGCUCCAUUCAGAGUGCAAUGCAGAGAGGAGUAAAGGAAAGAGGAGGAAGAGGGGAAUAUGGUGCACCAGAUCCGUCUUCUUCUUCUUCUUCUUCUGGAGAUGGGUGUUCGCGUAUUGAGGAAACUAAGAGCAUUCAUGGCCAAAAAGUAGAUUCGGGAGGAAAGAUGGGUUGCUACCGAUCCCAGCUUGAAAAAGAAGUUCAAAUAUUGGAGAAGCAACUUCAGGAAGAAAUUGACUUACAUGUGGCUUUAGCAAAUGCCGUCGGAAAUACUUUUUUGCCUUUAUCCAGGUCUCUUUCCAAGCUUCCAAAUAAGGCUCAGGAGCUCUUAGCCAGCAUUGAUGCACUGGAGAUAACUGUUAGAAAACUUGAAGAAGAACUCUAUGCCUUGCAUUUCAGCCUUCAACAUGAAAGGAGGGAGCGUCUUGCUGCUGAAAUCCAUAUAGAAUAUUUACAAAUACCAUCACUGGCAUCUCCUUCAUCAACUUCUGGGUAUAUAUGGGAAGAUAAUGUAUCUUCCUUGAGACUGUCAAAGCUUGGAGUUCAAGUGCUUCCCUCAAUCCAUAUGGAUGUAUUACCAGAAAGUGAAGAUUUAGAGUCAUUUAGAGGCCCUUCCGAAAACAUCCCAUUAAAUGAGGUGUUGGGACAAUGUGACGGGGGAGAAGAGAAAAGGAUUAUAGAUUCUUCUUCAGAGUUGCAUGUUGCUGCACUGAAGGACAUGAAAGUGAAGAACCUCUUGCCGCACCCAAAUCAGCUUUCAGAAGAAAUGGUCUUAUGUAUGAGAAAUAUUUUUCUUCGUCUGUCAAGAUCUCCAACGACUACUUCCAAGGCAUCUUUGUCAAAGUGGUUAUCGUUACUAUCUUCUCCGGGAGGAAAUCUUUCGCAUUCUUCAUUGACAUCAUUCUCAGAUUCAUCCAGGCUGCCUUCCUCAAUGCAUACUUCUUCAGAGUUAAUUCACAGUUAUGAAGCAAUGGAUCAAGAAGGUAUAUAUGAUCCUUAUGGAGUUAAUGAAAGAUUAAAUUGGAGAGAGAUUGGAAAGUAUCGUUUGGCAACUGAGGUAUCUUGGAUGUCAGUUGGAAAAGCACAACUUGAGUAUGCAGCUGGCGCUUUAAAGAAAUUCAGGUUUCUCGUGGAGCAACUAGCAAAGGUUAACCCAGCUCAAAUGAGUAAUGAUGAGAAGCUGGCUUUCUGGAUUAAUCUGUAUAAUGCCUUAAUAAUGCACAUCUAUCUGGCAUACGGAGUUCCUAGAAGUGAUAUCAAACUCUUCUCAUUGAUGAAAAAGGCAUGCUAUACCGUCGGAGAUCAAUCUUUUAGUGCUGCUGAUAUUGAAUUUGUUAUUUUAAAGAUGAAACCUCCAGCUCAUCGACCACAGAUUGUAUUGACUCUGGCUCUGCACAAAUUCAAAUUAUCAGAGGAGCACAGAAAAUAUUCGAUUGACUACGCGGAGCCUCUGGCCUUGUUUGGGCUCAGUUCUGGGAUGUACUCUUGCCCUGCAGUAAGGAUCUUCACUGCCAGCAACGUGCAAGAAGAGCUCAAAAACUCUAUGAAGGACUAUAUCCAAGCUUCCAUUGGCAUAAACGACAAAGGCAAGCUUCUUGUGCCAAAGCUUCUAUACUUCUUCGCCAAGGGAGUUGUUGAGGAUUCUCUACUUGUUGAUUGGAUUUGCCGCUACCUCAGCCCCGAGCAAGCCUCAGUCGUUAGAGACUCAACCUCACAUCGGAAGCAGAGACUUCUUAGCGCACGCAGUUUCAGCAUAAUUCCAUUCGAUUCAAGGUUUAGGUACCUUUUCUUGCCCCAUAACAAGAGCCAAAAACUGUAAAUAAGCUUGUUAAGUUCAAAGGUUGAAUAUAUACGUAGAAGCCCCAGGUUUGGAUGAAUAAAACAGUAUCGAAUCAACCAGCUGACAAGCUAAUAAAAUGUAAAUUUAUUCAGAUUGAUUUCAUCAUAUAAUAAGCUUAUCUUUAGUA